AUGAGCUCAUCGUCGCUGACAAGUGGAAUGUCACCGUUCGGCCAGAAUGCUGCAUCCACAAUUCGGGACGCGCGUGAACGGGAGAAAAAGGAAAUGAGCGAUCUGAACGACCGUCUCGCCGAUUACAUUGAAAAGGUGCGUUUUCUCGAAGCGCAGAAUCGCAAGCUCAAUGCUGAUUUGGAUAUGUUGCGCGGACGUUGGGGCAAGGACACGUCAAGCAUCAAGAUUAUGUUCGAAGGCGAGCUGAACGAAGCUCGUAAAGUGAUCAGUGAUACAGGAAAACAGCGCGAAGAGCUUGAGAAGCAGAUCAAGAAGAUGCAAGAUGAACUAGCCGAAUACCGCAGAAAGUUCCAUGAGGCAACAAAAGCACGUCUUGGUGAUCGUGAUAAAAUAGAUGAGCUUCUGGUUACACUGGCGAACAUCGAAGCCGAACUGAAUCUCCUUCGUCGGCGCAUUACGCUGCUGGAAGAGGAAAUUUCACGAAUUAAAAAGGAGAAUCAGCGUCUCGUCGGCGAAUUACAGCGCGCAAGAACGGAUCUCGAUCAGGAGACGCUAAACCGUAUCGACUAUCAGAAUCAGGUACAGACGCUGCAAGAAGAGAUCGAUUUCAUACGCCGUGUCCAGGAUCAAGAAAUCCAUGAUUUGCAAGCAAUGGCAGCACGUGACACCACCAGCGAAAAUCGCGAAUUCUUCAAGAACGAACUUUCGUCAGCGAUCCGUGACAUUCGCAAUGAAUAUGAUCAGAUGACAAGUGCCAAUCGUAACGAUAUGGAAUCGUGGUACAAACUGAAGGUGCAGGAAAUCCAGACACAGUCAGCGCGUCAAACCAUGGAGCAAGGUUAUCAACGAGAAGAAGUGAAACGUCUUCGCGUGCAACUGGGCGAUUUACGUGGCAAAUUGGCUGAUCUAGAAGGACGAAACUCGCUGCUGGAGAAACAGAUCCAGGAGCUGAACUUCCAGCUUGAGGAUGAUCAGCGCUCGUAUGAAGCUGCGCUGAACGAUCGGGAUGCACAGAUCCGUAAGAUGCGUGAAGAAUGCCAGGCGUUGAUGGUCGAGCUGCAAAUGUUGUUGGAUACAAAACAAACACUGGAUGCCGAGAUAGCGAUUUACAGAAAGAUGCUUGAGGGCGAGGGUGAUGGACCGGGCCUUAAACAGCUUGUUGAACAGGUCGUCCGCACUACCGGUAUCAAUGAAGUUGCUGACACAGGUUCAUCUUUCUCCUACAAAAGCCAUCUAAUUCAGCUCACCUUUUUUACGUUGCACGAAGUUUUACAUUUUUUUCCUCACGGGGCUUCGAAAGGCACAGGGCGGUCAUAUGUUCGGGAUCGAGUUUUGGAGUAUGCCAACGCUGCUUCUCCAUCUUCUGUCAUUUCGAUGAUGAUUGUACCACAUAACUUACAGAUUUGGGCUCGCGGACAAGGCGGAAUCCACGCACCACCCGAGCAGCUUAUCUUCGAUGCCGAAGAGACAUUCGGGGUGGGCAGUAACGUGCAGACUAUCCUUUACAACAAGGAGGGCGAGGUUUGUGCUCAUUUUUUUAAUGCGUUUUUUGCAGCAAUGCAAUGCGAAAAACGCAUAUUGACGAGAGGUUGUCUGUUUGUCUGUGCGUCUGUGUGUGCGUCUGUCACGCACUUUCAUCUCAGGACCUAUGAAAGUUGCGGGGCUGAAAUUUCCGGAACUUAAUC